AUGGAUACUUCGAACGCCUUUGAAGAUAUCUCCGAGAUUGAUGAGACGUCUUUCCCAUACAUUUUUGAGAAAAAUGUGUCUAUUCCUCUCGUGACGACACCAGGCUUGGUCCGCGUCAACGUGUACAAGCCGCGAGGUCUCCAUAAAUUUCCGGUGAUUCUGACCUACGGUCCUUAUGGGAAGGACAUUUCAUACAAAGAUUGGAAACUUCCGUCCUGGAACGAAAUCAACCCCGAGCACAAAUCAGCGCAUUCGGCAUGGGAAACGCCAGAUCCGGGCUAUUGGACAAAGCACGGAUACGCUGUUGUUCGAGUAGAUGAGCGUGGAACGAACCAAUCCCCCGGGAUUUUGGACACUAUGAGCCGAAGUAUUAGUGACGCAUUCGUGGAGGUGGUCGAAUGGGCUGCCAGACAGGAGUGGUCAAAUGGAAAGGUUGGUUUACUGGGAGUCAGCUACUAUGCCGGUAGUCAGUGGCGAGUGGCAGCUCGGCAGCCAAAGGGAUUGGCGGCCAUUAUCCCCUGGGAAGGCAUGUCCGAUUUCUACCGAGACCGCUGUCGCCAGGGCGGCAUCUUGUCCAAUGUGUUCAUUGAUUUUUGGUGGGUCAAAGUUGGCCGAAACCAGUAUGGGAAGCCGGGCAAAGGAGGCGAGGGGACCCUCACGGACGAGGAACUGGCCCAGAAUUGCCGUGAUCAGACUCAAGAUAACCGGACCAACCAGUUCCGCAACCAGGAGUACUACGCAUCCAAGGAGUAUGACCUCAAGGAUGUCAAAGUCCCCCUUCUGUCGGUGGGUAACUGGGGUGGAAUUGUUUUGCACCUCCGGGGAAAUAUCCAAGGCUUCAUGCAAGCUGGGUCUGAGUUGAAAUAUCUCCGCACGGUCACCGGACGCCAUGACCUUCUCUUUUACUCUCCUGAGGGCGUAGAGAUCCAACGAAGCUUCCUGCAUGCUUUCCUCAAGGGAGAAGAUCGAGUCGGUUGGAGUGUCAAGGGCAAAUUGCCUCCAGUCGACCUGGUCCUCCGCAAGGGCGAUGUUGGAUUCAACAACCCCGAUGCCGAACGCCAGUACCCACGCCGACAGGAGAAUGAGUGGCCAAUUGCUCGGACUCAGUACACCAAGUUCUAUUUAACCUCGGAUCGCCUACGAAAGGUGAAUUUGGAAAGUUCAAAGCAUCUUCCUUACCUGCCAGCUCGGGACUAUUUCAGCACAGACGUGCAACCGGUGAUUCCAGGAGAUAUCUACGCGGUAGAUGUGGAGGUGCUGCCGACCAAUGUUAUCAUUGACAAGGGGGGCAAGCUUGUCUUUGAAGUUGCGUCUGGAGACACGCAGGGCGCCGGCUAUCACUUCCAUCAUGACGACCCUAAUGAUCGCUCCGAGGCCAAGUUUGCUGGCAUGAAUCACAUCAACUUCGGGCCCAAGUUUUCGAAUUAUGUUGUUCUCCCAAUUAUCCCACCCAAAUGA